AUGACUGGCGACAGCGACAAGCGAGACACAGAGCAAGAAACCCUCCAGACAACCCCUUCUUCUACCAAGUUCACCAUUCCCAAAUGUCGUGAAUCAACCCUGGAUUUCUGCGAUGACUCGGUUGAGUGGGCUGUUACAACAGACGAUGCAUCAAGUGCACAAAACAAUGGAGGGUCACCUCAAGGCUCAACGUCAAGCGCGCCCUCCUUUUCAACCACCUCUACGAGAAGAUGCAACCUAGGACCAGAAUGCAUUCUUCAGCCACCACGAGACUUGGAGCCUGCUAUAAGGACGGAUAUCGCUUUCGGGGAUGGUCAGGGCACAGUCGGCUAUAUUAGCGAGUUUGGGGAGCUUAUUCAGGUGAGCCGCAUGCUGGAUUUCGGACCGCAUGGUGUGAUACAGGUCCGACCCAACUCAGACAUUGCCGAUUUCGACCACAUCAUACAAGGUUCGUGUUCAGGCAUCGGGCUGCGCUUGAAUAAUCGAUCGGCCGUUCCGGAGGAAGACUUCCGUCCUGUUUCAUACAUUCAUGACAGGUGGCCGAAGCUCUCAUACACCACAGGAGGGGUUGAAGUCGAAAUGGUGUUUGCCGUGGUGGAUAAGAAAAUUGUGCAUCAAUGCGUGCUUUCUAAUAAAGGCAACGAUGACGCCACGGUUGACCUGGUAUUUGACCUGGGUUUUGCACUGGAUGCCCCUCAUGAUUUUGGUUUCCGAAGCGCCACCAAAUUCAAGGGAGGAACAUUGACUUCAGGGAAUACUUGCAUCGUGCUUUGUGGCAACCCCGGUGGCUAUGCCAGUUUCGGCGCCUCUUUGUAUAUUGACCAUGGACAUCGAGUGCCCCUCGUACCCGUCACUUCGAAAGAUCCGCCUGGGACAAGCGGUGAACCAAAGCUUGGUCCUUCUCACGACGGGGGAAAGGAGGCCAAGGAGAAGGAGCUAUCAAGGGCCCUUUUUCACCUGCUCCCCAUCGAGAUUGCAUCAGGUGAUGAUUUCUACAAGUGGCAACGUCGCAAAGACGAUUCGUUCUGGACGGCCUACGAUGAAGCUAAGAGCAAGGAAGACAGUGCGCGAGCCAGCAAGAUCUUGGAGGACGGGGUGUCCCAAGACGCAGCAGCUCCUGCACAGACCGAUGCACAUGAUGUCCCAUCAGACCCUGUCGAAACGACGACACCAAAGCCUCCAAACGAAGAGCAGUCGCCCGUGCAGAAGGGCGAGUCUCUCCUUAAAUCUCAGGUACCUUUCCAAAAUCUUGGAGGCGAGGGUCUUUUCUCUCAUCGUCUGUUCGGUAUUGAGUGGAAAUCAAGGUGGUCAUGGCAUGACAUUUUGGAUGACGACACAUUCUGGGAUGUUAUGUAUGGCCCGAGGAGGAUGAAAUAUAAGGAGGAAAUGCAAGAGCUUGUAACGGCAGAGUUCAAGAAGUUGAGAGCUAACCCUAAAAUUCGUCCGAGUUGUGGCUACAUCAAUCUCCAUGAAAACCUAAGCAGUCAUUGCCCUGGAAAAUGGAUCAAGGGUCUUCCAGACCAGCCAACCGAAUUCCUGUUCCGACGGUACUUGCAACACAUUUUAUCAGUGGUGCCUAUUGGAAUCCCUUGGAAAAGAGACGGAGAUUGUGCUUACUUCUUCUGCACCGGUGGACUGCAUGAUGUGAGCAUGAGGCCUGCCGCUGCUCUAUAUCAGUUCCGUUUCCUCGGCUGUAUGCAUCGGCUGCUUAUGAGUCAAGAAGGUAUCAUUGAUGACUCGUUAAAGAGCUCUCUAACCUCAGACAUUGAGAAACUUUGCAAAGGUCAUCUCGAGUGGUGUUUUGAAGUCGCCCAAAAGACGAAGAGCGGAUUGUGGGCCAGCGUCUACAAGGCCCCAGGUGCUCAAACAACAACACAGGACGACCAUCUCCAUAGCGCUAUCAAUUUCCUGAAAUUGCUUGACUUCUAUGUGGAAUUCCCGAAGAGUCGACCGUUCGUUCUUGACACCCUCAAUAGGCGACUCCUACCUUGGCUCAAGGCACUUCAGGAGACCCGGAACAAAAACUCUGGCCUCUGGGAAUCGGCCCGAGAGACUAUACAAGUGUCGUGGUGGGACCCCAAUUACCGGCAGGAUGAGGAAGUAUCCAUCCCAAACUACGAUUUGUGUGAUUCCGUUCAACAUUGGCAAACUCUUCAGACUCUCUUCAAUAUCAUCAACGAAGUGAAGGACAAUGCCGUUCCCCGAUCAGAUGCCGACAGCGCAGCUGUGUCGACGUCGCUACAGCAUAUGGCAAAAGAGCUUCUCGACAGUUUGGAAAGUACCGGUCUCAUGACAGAUCUAGACCCUUCUGCUUUUCGGGAAAAGAUACUGGAGCGGUUCUCUUUUGAGAUCGAGAGAUCUUCUGUCGAGACUUCCGUCCAAUCUGUCGAGUUCAGCAAUGAAGCGCCUGUUUCUGGUUCGUUGGUGGAAGAGAUGAAGGCUAACAAGAAGAGACUCCUUGCCAUCAAACGCUGUGCAAAGGAGCGGCCGAGAUGGAACUGGUAUGCAGAGGCCAUGAUACUGUGCCCCAAAUUCGAUCUCGGCUUUUUUGAUCAUGAUCGUCCUUCAAAACGACUUGAUGAGUGGUCGAAGGCCGUCGAGGCACAACAAUUUCAGCUCGAGCAGUUUUGGAGAAAACCUCUCCGAUACCUUUUGGCACUGAUUUUGGCUCUGGAUUGUAAUAUCUCUCUGGAUAGAUCGAAAGAUCCAGCGACAAUGGCCUCCACAUGUAGGAUGAUCCUGCUGGGAUGCGUCCUGGGCAACGGGCUGAUGGCUGAAGAGGUGGAUCCGAAAAACAAAAAGCCCCAAAGCAGACUGCGGAACUUUCCAACCGCUGUCUUUGGGGUACCCUAUUAUUUAUUCAGGGUGACUUAUGGGGACUUGCUUGGAGUGUUCCCGAAGCAAAUUUCCAAUUCGCCCGGCAAUACUAGAGUUGGCAUCACAGUAAAUGAGAAGCUCUGGAAAAAAUCUUACAAAGCCAUCCGGUCGAGGACGAAGGCCGGCCUGUAUAACCUUGCAAAUGUUGACAGGGCCAACGUGGUCGAUCUGACUGAGACAUGCGAACCAGAAUGGUUGUUCGAUGAUCCAUGGUAUUUCACGCAAGAGGACCCUCUGGCGGACAGAGCCGAGGGCGAACGUGGCCCUUCAAAAUAUAUCAAAGAAACAGUCCAAUCGGGAUUAAAACUUCUAAAGGACUUCGACCGUGAUGAAGGGAGCUCUCCCUACGCCGUGUUCAACGACUCCAUUCAAUUACACAGUCGCAAUAACGACAAUUUUUGGGCAGACGCCGACGAAGAACGCCCUGGAAGUGUUGUUGAUGUGAUCAGGACCGGCAAGCGCCAGUCGCAGAUCCUGGAAGAAAUCCCCAACGCCUGGGAACUUCUGGACCACAUAUGGAAGAAGAGAACCAAGAACGAUGUGAAGAAGAGACUAAUAUACGUAUACAAUUGUGGACCAAGGUUCUCAUUAUCGCUCUAUCUUUCUGUCCCUGAGCGAGAACGAUACUCGAUGGCGACUUUUCUGGCUCGCCACCAGACGCGGGACGUGUUUCAUCGCGAAGAUACGCACAAGACCAUUAACUCUUGGAUCACAGAACUGCACCUAGGGUUCUACAGAGUCAUUUCGGACUUGUCAGCCCCUGCUGCCGAGGAUGAUUCAGACGAGGAGCAAGUUCCACCCAGUCGGACCAUAUUCUCGGGCAAGCCAUUUCGGCUUCCGGGGGAUGAGACAAAACUCAUCGAGAAAUGCGCAAUUGGGUUCCGCUUUGAUGGCGACCUUUAUGAUCGAUAUUGGACAUGUUUUGUCGCGGUGUAUCUGCCCCAAUGUGGCCACGAAGAUCGAUGGUUUGCUGAUGUCGAUUCCUUCAAGUUGACCAGGCCCACUGGAGAAGGGAACAAGGACACCGAACACAGCCAGCGAAAGAUUUUGGAAGCCAGGUGGUUUGAGAGAGCGACCAGAAUUAUAUGCGAAGAGACUCGACGAAUUUUGAGAGUGAUUUCCCAUAUUCUGGGCGAAGAUCAACAGCGCAAUGGACGAUACACUGCCACUUCCUACGACACCUUCCGCGAGACCUUUGAGAGCAACAAGACCACCUACUCCCGAUAUGGAGAAAUGGUUAACUUUCUCCGUCACGUUCUUGAGAAUCUUGAAGCGGUCCGAAAUGUUGCUGACAAGUGGGAAACCCGAGAAACCGCACGCGAAGUUCAGCCUCGUUGGACUCGGGACGACGAAGCUGCUUACGCCCACGAGAUCUCUAUCUGGCGUCGCCGAGCCCAAGCCAACGUCCGUAACAUGGCUCAUUUGGAAAAGCAAAUCGAAGCGAAACUGGAUCACAUCAAACAACUUCGAGAGUGGCUUCUUGACGAUCUGCAACUCAAAGAAGCAAGAGUGUCAAACCGUUCUGCGGACGACGUGCGGAUUUUCACCUACGCUACUGUCGUCUUCUUGCCUCUCAGUUUCGCGUCAAGCAUCUUCAGCAUGGGCGGAGCGCCCUCGCACAGUACCGCGGUCUCAUUUGUCACUGCCGCAGUCAUUGCGCUGGUUGCAACCAUUGCGUUUGUGCUCAAUGCUGGGACGUUUAUGCGGGCGAUUGCUCAAUGGAAAAUAUGGGUUUUCGAUCUGCCGGAUGAGGCUGGCUUCACCGAACACUCGGAAAGCCAGUGGCGCAGAGUUGGACAGAAGUUUACUGACUGGUUUGUGCGCUAUCCAGCCGCCCGUGUCCUAGAUGCUUGGAAAGUGGUCAGAAUGAAGGAUCAUAAAGCCAUCGUCGGCAAGCUACUUCUGGGCAUCCUUAUGUCUCCUCUUUUCGCUUUCACGUGGAUUUUUGGUUUCCUGACACUCAAUCUAUACGAUUUGGUCAUGCUCCUAUUCCUCGAUCUGCCUCGGUAUCCAGGAAGACGCCGGAAGCACCAGACUCAACUCAAAACUACAGAAUCCGUCGUGCAACUGGCAGACACUCAGAAAGCCACCAGGGACAAGGAGAAGAAAGGUGGCAAGUCCUCAGCAGAGGCCUCCAACGAGAAAGAAGCCCGCAGACGUGGAGCGGAGAAGGCCAGGGAGAAAUGGCGACAGGAAAGACUCAAGCACUUUAUGCACAAGCCACGUAUCGUGGACAUCUCCAAGCAUUUGAGUGAGGGAAAGACGAUCCAAGAAAUCCAGAAAGCGCACAGGCAAGAUCUUGAGAAGAGGAAGACCGAGCUGCAAGAGCGCAGGCAAAAGUACCGCCAUGCGAUAGAGAGUGUCUCCGAUUUCAGCGGGAGCGAAGAUGAGGACGAAAAGCCUCGCAAACCCCACGAGCGGAGAAGGGCCCUCGCGCGUAUGUUCGGGAGGAGACGGCAGGAGUCCGACGUCGAGGCCAGGAACGACCAAACCGAACUGGUUCAAGAGAAUGGUGCGAGCGAGAAGGUAAUAUAG